UCAUGUCAAGUGAUAAAUCCAAGUCCUCUUCCCAGACUGAUGGUAAGGCCGCUCAGAGCAAGAAGUCUGAGUCCGGACUGACUUCCUACAAGAUGUUGGUGUUUGACCAGGAGAACUUCCAGGGCCGCAUGAUUGAGAUCAGCAGCGAGGUCAUGAACAUCUGCGAGCUGGGCAUGGAACGUGUGCGCUCCCUCCGUGUUGAAAGCGGCCCCUUUGUGGGCUUUGAGCAGAUAAACCUCUGCGGUGAGAUGUACAUCCUUGAGAAGGGCGAGUAUCCUCGCUGGGACUCCUGGAGCAACUGUCAGAAGAAUGACUACCUGCUCUCCUUCAGGCCUGUCAAAAUGGACCCUGAUAAACACAAGAUCUGCCUGCAUGAGGUGGGUGAAUUCAAGGGUCGCAAGAUGGAGAUCAUGGACGAUGACGUCCCCAGCCUGUCCUCGUACGGAUUCACCGACAGAGUGGGCAGCAUCAUCGUUAGCUGUGGAACAUUCGUGGGAUACCAGUUCCCCGGCUACCGCGGCAGCCAGUACCUGCUGGAGAAGGGUGACUACAGGCACUUCAACGAGUACGGCGCCCGCACCCCUCAACUGCAGUCUGUGCGCCGUAUCCGCGACAUGCAGUGGCACCAACAGGGCUGCUACACCUUGGCCAGCAAGUGA